AUGGCCUCAGCGAAACAGCCAUCCACCAUGAAAGCCUGGCUCUACAGUACCACCGCCGGCGGUCUCGAUAAGAACCUAUCUUUAGACAAAGCCGCCCGCGCACCACCCACUCUCCGCGGCGACGAAGUCCUAAUCGAAGUGACAUCAGCCGCGCUCAACCCCGCCGACUACAAAGUCCCCGAAAUGGGACUCCCAGCACGCCUGGUUAUCGGAAUGCCCGCCAGCCCGGGGCUAGACUUCUGUGGCCGUGUUGCCGCCACGGGGCCCGAUGUCACCGACUUCAAACCGGACGACGAGGUCUUCGGCAGCCAUAACCAGCCUGUCAAGUUCGGGGCACUGGGUGGGUACACGGUUAGUCGGGCGAGCAUAAUAGCCCACCUCCCGGAGGGAGUGAACCCUGACCACGCGGCUGGCUUGGGCAUCGCGGGCCAAUCGGCGUACCAGGCCCUAAACGGGUACAAACACGUGCAUUCCGGCGCGAAAGUCUUCAUCAACGGCGGAUCCGGCGGGUGUGGCGUCUUCGCUAUCCAGAUCGCGAAGCAGAUGGGGUGUCAUGUUACGACCACGUGUUCGACGCGCAACGUCGAGUUCUGCCGCGCCCUCGGCGCAGACGAGGUCAUCGACUACACCGCUGUCGAGGACUUGCCAGCCGAGCUGCGCACGCGAGGGGUGAUCUUUGAUCAUAUCCUCGACCACAUCGGCACCCCUGCUGCUCUGUACCGCGAGUCGCAUCAUUUCCUGCGCGAGGGCGGGGCCUUUGUCCAAGUUGGUGCGUCGGCUUUUACGACUUUUGCGGAGAGGCUGGUGCGUCCUGGGUUUUUGGGCGGGGGGAAGAGGAAGUAUGUCAUUUUCUUCUACAAGAAUACGCAGGAGCAUAUUCGGAUCCUGGGGGAUUGGGUUGCAAAGGGGAAAGUCGCGGUUGAGCUGGAUAGUGUCUAUGAGUUUGAGGAUGCGGUGCAAGCGUUUCAAAAGUUGAGGUCUGGGAGGGCUAGGGGGAAAAUUAUUGUUCAUGUGGGCUCGCCUUGA